AUGGACCCUGUUCAUGCGUCCGAGACAUCUAGCGUCACGCAAGCGGAUGCUGUCGUCGAUGUGGCUCUGAAUGAAAAGGACGAGAAGUCUGAGGCUGCCGCGCAGUUCGAGAAUACGGCCGCCGAUGGCCGUCAGUACCUGACGGAGGACCAGUGCUACGACAAGCUCGGCUAUUCUUUCAGCGAAACGCGCAAGUGGGCCAUCAUCAUGGUCAUUUUCGCCGUUCAAACGUCCAUGAACUUUAACACCUCGCUGUACUCCAAUGCCCUGAAUGGUAUUUCUGAGAAAUAUGGUGUUUCGAUGCAGGGUGCCCGUUGUGGCGCCAUGAUCUUCCUCGUGCUGUACGCCUUCGGGUGUGAGCUCUGGGCCCCGUGGUCGGAGGAACUUGGCCGAAAGCCCAUCCUCCAGGCAUCCCUGUUCCUCGUCAAUGUGUUUCAGUUCAUGGUCGGCUUUGCUCCCAACUUUGCCACACUGAUGGUUGGCCGUGCCCUGGGAGGUCUUUCGUCUGCCGGUGGAUCUGUCACUCUGGGCAUGAUCGCUGACCUGUGGGAGGCUGAUUCCCAGCAGUACGCCGUGGCCUGUGUUGUGUUCUCGUCUGUCGGUGGAUCAGUGCUGGGCCCUGUGGUGGGCGGUUUUGUUGAGGCCUUUGUUUCUGACUGGCGCUGGUGCAUCUGGAUCCAGCUAAUCUUCGGUGCGGUUGUCCAAGCUUUGCACUGGUGGAUUGUCCCUGAGACCCGAAGCACCGUCAUGAUGAACAACAUCGCGAAGAAGAUGCGCAAGUCAGGGGAGAACCCCGACAUCUACGGUCCCACUGAGGGAAUCAGUUUCCGGGAGCGCUUCCCCCUAAGGAACUCAUCUACACCUGGUGAUGCUCUGAUCUUCAUGUUCGUCCAGUCUCUUUCUCUGGUGUACGGCCAGUGGGGAUUCAACACCUGGCAGCAGGGUUUGGCGUUCCUCCCAAUUCUGGUCGGCUACUUCAUCGCCUGGUUCUCAUUUAUCCCGGUGAUUAAGCGCAACAUCAAAGAGCGUGCCGACAACCCUAAUAGCGAACGUGCACAGUACGAGUCCCGCCUCUGGUGGCUGCUCUAUACUGCCCCCCUUCUGCCGAUUGGCCUGAUCGGCUUCGCGUGGACCAGUCUUCCCCAGUGCCACUGGAUCGGAUCAAUGAUCUUCGCUGCGUUGAUCGGCAUUGCCAACUACUCGAUCUACAUGGCCACCAUCGACUACAUGAUCUGUGCCUACGGUCCAUAUUCAGCAUCUGCAACUGGUGGCAAUGGCUGGUCUCGUGACUUCCUGGCUGGUGUUUUGACCAUCCCUGCGACUCCCUUCUUUAACAACAUCGGCGGCAAGUACCAUCUCGAAUACGCCUCGACCAUCCUCUUCUGCAUUGCAAUUCCCCUCGUCGUCGCCGUCUACGUUAUCUACUGGAAGGGUCCUGUUCUGCGCAAGCGCUCGCCCUUCGCUCAGCAGCUGGCAGAUGCUCAGCAUGAGAUGGGAACCCAGAGCCGACGCGUCUCCAAGGUCCCCGCCGUGUCUCGUGCCCACUCGUACGCGCGCUCCCAGCAGGAUCUCCGCAUUCAGCAGAUGGGUGGCAGCCGCGCUGGCUCCCGUGCCAAUUCCCGUGCCAAUUCGCGUGCCAAUUCGCGUCGCAACAGCAUCGACGCAUAA